UUCUGCUACCUGGGCCAGAUGUUGACAAAGCAAACUGUUGGACUGAGAUUGAAGCUGUUCACCAGGUUUUAAAGAUGUCCAUCUCAGUGGUUACAGAGAAGGGAGUGACUGUCAUCGCUGUGGCAACAGACAAUCAGAGCAAGUUACCACCAUGGGGCCAAAUCCUCAAGUCACUUUUCUCCAGCCUGUCGUGCUGGUCAGGGAACACGGGGAUGAUGUGGAGCAGUGUGGUCGGAGCUCUCGGGACCGUGCAAAUCAUGGUUGGCGUGUUCAACCUUGGACUCGGACCAGAACGUGUAGAGACCUAUCCUUACUGGCUGGGAGUUCUUUUCAUUGCAGCCGGAGUCAUGUCACUUUUUGCAGACUGGUUUCCGUUCCGCUGCCUGAUGGGCUUUUCUGUCCUUGUCAACAUAGCUGGGUCCAUCUUCUCCAUUGUUGCCGUUGUGCUGUAUGCUCUACAUUUGGCCAGUUUUACAGUCAUUGGGAUGUGUGGGAUCCUGGAGGACAGGAACUCCAAAAACUGCAUAUUCUUGGCUAAUUUAGCUCAGAGGCUUCUGAGAGGCGUAGACAUCACCAUGAUCGUCAUGUCCGUCCUCCAGCUCUGUGUCUCCAUCAGCCUUUCAGUUCUGGGCAUCAAGGCUUUGUGCUGCAGAGAGAAAGAUAAAGAUGUCACAGAUAUUGAGAUCCAGCAGCAAUUGUUUAAAGAAGGUCCCAUGACCAGUCCUGGAGCUUAAAGCUAAUUAACCGGGUAAAAUCAGGGCGAAGCCAGAGGGGGGUCAAGGGUGGCCAUCACUCACAAAGCUAGCCAGUCCCCGUCAAACAACAGUGUCAUUUCUUCAGAAGGCUGCUUAUUACUGCUCCAUCUAGAAACUCCUGCUUUAUUAAACUUCAUUUGGAUUACAUCUAUUAUCUAAAUGUAAAUGUACCAUAAGCACUUCAUUAAAUGCAAAAGUAGUAAUUAAAAGGAAUCAAAAAGUG